ACUAGUUUAUUUUCCCAUUCGGGGUUCGAAUCUUUGCAUGCGAAAAUGUUGGCCGUUUUCGAGAAGGCGAUCGCUAAUCCACCCAAGGAGCUCGGGCUUCCGUUCGGCGGUAGCGGAAACCGCAAAACCAAGGAAGAGUUUGCGGUUUAUUUUGGUUCGGAUCAACCUGACUCGACUUGCUACAAGUUUUGCAAUGGGGAUUUCAUGGCUUUGUCUCAUAAGGAUGAGUCUGCAACAUGUCCAAGGUCAAUUGUUGUUAUGGAUGAUAUAUUUUGCAUCUUUAAUGGGUAUUUACGCAACGUAUGCGAUUUACGCCGACAUUAUGGGCUCUCAAGACAAGCAACGGAAGCCAUGGUUGUCGUUGAAGCUUAUAAAGUCUUGAGGGAUCGAGCUCCUUAUCCUGCCGAUCAAGUCAUCAAAGAGCUCGAUGGGAAGUUCUCUUUCAUUUUGUUUGAUGCUAAAGCAACACACCUCUUUCUAGCUCGGGAUCGUGAUGGAUCUGCACAGCUUCACUGGGGAGUGACUAGCGACGGGUGUUUAGUAUGUUCUGAUGAUGCAAAAAUCGUGAGAGAGGGUUGCGGAAACCGAUAUACGCCUUUCCCUCCGGGGUGUUUCUUCACGACCGAAGAGGGAUUGAUCAGUUUCGAUCAUCCGUUCAACAAAGUACAAGGGGUUGUCAGAGAGGACGACGGAGGUUACGGCUCGGCCGUGAUUUUUCAGGUCGAUUUGUUCACUCGACUCCAUAGCAUACCACGGCGUGGUAGUGAUGCAAACUGGACCGGUGUCAUCGUAGUCGAAGGUGACUACGAAUGAUGUUUCUUGUUCUUCCGUUGUUGCAAACGCGUUUCGUGUUGUUCUAUGUGGAAUACAAGCUUCGUU